AUGGCGCAACGAUUCACAAAGCCAGCUCUCCCCAUCAGCGACCAAUCAUCCAAACGCCUCUUUAGAUAUGGCGCCCAGUUCACCAAGGCUCCCCAUCGCCGCAUCACCAACCAUGUCAUCAGUCGAGUAAGCCACCGCGUCCAGCUCUUUCUCGAGUGGGCCGACCACGCCGAGGGGCCGUGGGAAGGGCUUUCAUUCGACGAAUUCAUGGUUCACGACGCGGAUGAGGAACUUAUCCUCGACUACUGGAAGAGUCAUGGUGGUCGAACAAAGGUCGCCGGUCUCCAACGCUUCCACGUGUUCCACAUCAUCGCUGAGCGGUUUCGCCAUAAGAAGCGCGAGUACGAGGUCCAGUGGGUCGGCUACUCUCGUGAGGAAACUAACUGGGAGCCGGCGGCCAAGAUGAAGAGGAUCUGCCCCCAAGCCAUUGAGGAAUGGCAGCAGAGCGCACUGCUCACCUUCGUCAACAAAGCAACAGCGACAAACACGCAGCGCGUCGUGGAAAUUGCCGGCAUCAACACCAGCAGCGUAACAAUCUGGGACUGUCCCUCAACCACCAGUCCCGAUCUCAGCCAAUCGAUGAUUCAAACCGCCAUGAACGAUUUCGCAUAUACAUUCUACACUGAAAAAGACGUCAAGCGUGCAUUUGAGCGCUAUGUAGCAAGCAACUACGUGCAGCACAACCCCAGCAUUCCGGACGGGAGAGAUGCAGCUAUCAAGAUCCUGUCGCCAUUGUUUGGUUCUAAAGAUAAUACAUUUGAGAUUGCUCGUGUUAUGGUAGGGCCGGAGUAUACGACGAUUCAUAUCAAGGCUGGGGGUGCCAAUGACUCUUUAACAAAUGUCUUUGAUGUUUACAGAACCAAGGGAUCCUGUAUUGUUGAGCACUGGGAUUGUCUGCAGGCUAUGGAAAAGAAUACCACGUCCCAUCAUCCAUACUUCUAG